AUGGAUUCAAAUGGAGAACAUAGCUUCUGGCCUUAUGGGCGAAGUUUUUGGCAUGAUAGUUACCUGCUUGAAGAGGAGGCGCUCCUCUGCAGUCUACCCUUCCCGAGCUUCGGUUGCCAACCAUUGUGCUCUAUCGACCCUGCUGUUUCGCAGAGCAGCAGUCUGCAAGCUCCCUGCCUUGUUCCUUGCAACACAGGCGAUCUGGAUACAAGCUUUGAGGAUGAUCUGCUGAGGUGCUGGGAGGCCAUGGAGCAAUCUGAUAACAGCACAGAAGUGAGUGGGAAGGGAUUACCAUUGCCACUUCCGUGUUAUGGUGAGGAGAACGGAUCAGCAUCCAACGCCACGAGAGCAGACCGCGUUAGAUCAGAGAGGGUGUUGACAUUCGAGCUUGUGUCACAGUACUUCUACAUGCCGAUCACGCAGGCGGCUCGAGAGCUGAACGUCGGGCUCACCAUCCUUAAGAAGAGGUGCAGAGAGCUUGGUAUUCCCAGGUGGCCGCAUCGCAAGCUGAAGAGCUUGCGGACCCUCAUCAACGACGUCGAGGUCCUGCAGGAGGCAGGCAAGGCGGACGACGACGGGCAGCUGAGGGCGCUGGUGGAGAUGCUGGAGCAGGAGAGGCGUCUCCUGGAGCAGAAGCCGUAUGUUGAACUCGAGGAGAAGACGAAGAGGCUUAGGCAGGCCUGCUUCAAGGCCAGCUACAAAAAGAGACGGCUCUUGGCUCUUGAACCUGGGGAGGCAUCCAAAUACUAUUGAUGCUUUUCAGUUUCUAUUACUACUAUGCAUCCCUGCUUGUAUUGAAAAAAUUUACUAGUACUAUGAAGCAUGCGAGGCACCAUAUAUACAUUCCUAUUUACAUCA